AAGAUUUCACACUCGGCAAGCCAACAACAUAGCCAUCCUAACUUCUUCCCGUUUCUGUUUACAUGGUACAAAAUGCGAUCCAGCGGCUCAGGAUCAUCAGGAGUGAAAAGAAAGGCGUCUUGCCUCGAGAGUGGAGAAUCGUCAUCUUCUUCAAACUCAAGUUCACCAUUGACUUCGAGAAGAGCUUUGAUUAGAGCUUCGAAUCGCGGAACGCUGAAGCGCGCUGGUCCGUAUUUACUUGGGCCAAGAUUGGGCAACUCGCCCGUUCGAAGCAUUGUUCAGUGUUUAGCCAAAAAAGAAGGUACAGAUGACUUUUAUUCAAUCAAAAUUCUCACCCUAGCAGAUCCUGGACGCGAAAGUUACGACGACAAGCAAGGAAAAAUGUUGUUACACACAGAAUAUUCACUGCUCUCUCUCUUAAACGAUCAAGAUGGCGUUGUGCAUCACCAUGGACUUUUCAAAGACGAAUAUUACGAAGAAAUACCGCUCGAGAAGGACUCUACCAAUUCAACGGCAAGUCAUCGCUCUCAAAAUGCGUGUGCAAGACACUUUAGAAUCCGACAUCGUCUGUGUUUAGUUCUGGAUUGCCUCUGUGCCCAUGACUUUAGUUCGGAAACAGCGGACCUCAUAAACCUUCAACAUUACGUGAUACGAGAGAAACGGUUAUCCGAAAGAGAGACGAUUAUAAUUUUCCACGACAUCGUCAGAGUUGUUAAGUGUUUACAUAAGAGAAACAUAGUUCACAGAGACUUAAAACUUGGAAAUAUUGUGCUAAAUCGAAGCACAAAAAGAAUAACAAUUACAAAUUUUUGCUUGGGGAAACAUCUAAUACGAGACAAUGAUCUACUGAAAGACCAGAGAGGAAGCCCAGCUUACAUAAGUCCCGAUGUUUUGAGUGGGGCUCCUUAUUCAGGGAAAGCAAGUGACAUGUGGGCUCUCGGAGUGGUUUUAUACACCAUGCUGUAUGGUCAGUUUCCAUUCUAUGACAGCAUACCUCAUGAGCUGUUCAGAAAGAUUAAAACUGCAGAGUUCAUACUGCCAAAUGACGGGCGUGUGUCUGAUAACACCAAGACACUGAUAGGUCUGCUGCUAAUGUUAGAUCCUCAAAAGAGACUUACGGCCUCCGGUGUUGGAUUUCUGAGAAACACCAUGACAGCAUGGUAUCUUACUAACACAGUUACUGAACCCGCUCAAGUUGUCCCAGAUAUAGAUGAAGAGUCUUCAAGUGACUCCACAAAGGAAUUUGAAAGUUCAUCGAGGCUAAGAGCACCAGAACUUGAACUUCGUUUGACUAAAUAUCGUGACAAUGGGAGCAACAAGGAGCCAAGACUGAGCCUCACCCGAGAGAGUCUCACGCAGCCACCUAUCCGAAGAAUUUCAGAAGACGCUCGACCGCUUACGGCGGCCGAAAUUCUGGCUCAUCGUCAUUUGUUAUAGCUGGCGAAGCUUGUCCAAAAAUGUUAUUUAGUACUAGUUAUUUACCCCGUAACUUCCAAGAUCUGAUUGGUAACUCCCCCUUUUAUUUGUUACACAUUUCCACGCCAACAAGUUAGUAGAAAGAAGUUCCUUGUCUAAUUAAACGCCUUCCGGCUUAUUAACGAGCUUACUCCCAUAACAUGUUUGCAGGAUAAUGUAUUGGAUAAAAUUAUGAGAAGUUCCAUCUUAAUCACCUUCGGGAGUUCAGGAGUUAAAAGCCCCUUGGAUAUGAUAAUCACGAAACGACCACUCUUACAAGAGUGAUAGUACAAACCUCUAAAUUAUCCCAACAAUAAUUGUUGUGGAGCAGAUUUCAGUUAAAUACAGUCGAAUUUUGUCGCGUGUCUGCCCAGUUUUUCUCUUCGUAAAAAAAAGGGGAAAAAUCGUGAAAUACUUCACUGUUCACUCGUUAAAACCCGUUUGAUCCCAUAAAAAUAUACUCUUAAAUUUUAACGAGAGUUUACUGAGAAAAUCUUGCUUUAUAAUUAUCUUGUUUGAAAAAGAGAAAAUUAAAAAACACACGAUGAAAAAAGGAUCACCAAGAACAUACACGGUAUGAUACCUUACUAAGAUAAUCAAUUAUGUAAAUGAUUUAUUUAUGUGGGCUGUACAGAAGGGUUGGAAAUUCAUUAUGAGGGAUAUUUACAAACAAAUUAUAUAUGUCUGGCCGUUGCCUCAGUAAUAUUCAAAGUCAAAUUAUUCAAAAAUAAAACGAGAGUGAAACAUU